AGAUACACUGCAAAACCUUUGGUCCAAACUAUAUUUGAAGGUGGCAUGGCCACUUGUUUUGCCUAUGGCCAGACCGGUUCGGGUAAAACUCACACAAUGGGCGGCGAAUUUAAUGGCAAAAUACAGGAUUGUAAAAAUGGUAUAUAUGCCAUGGCAGCUAAGGAUGUGUUUACCUAUUUGAAUGGACCACGUUAUCGUCACUUGAAUCGUGUAUCAGCCAGUUUCUUUGAAAUUACAGUGGCAAAGUAUGUUUUUGAUUUACUCUCAGAUAAACAAAAACUUCGUGUCCUGGAGGAUGGUAAACAGCAGGUACAAGUUGUUGGUCUCACCGAGAAGGUAGUCGACAGUGUUGAAGAAGUGCUUAAACUUAUACAGCACGGCAACAAUGCUCGCACCUCCGGCCAGACCUCAGCCAAUUCAAACUCAUCACGUUCUCAUGCAGUAUUUCAAAUUGUUUUACGUCCUCCCGGCUCCACAAAAAUUCAUGGUAAAUUCUCUUUUAUCGAUUUGGCUGGUAAUGAACGUGGUGCCGAUACCUCAUCGGCUAAUCGUCAAACACGCAUGGAGGGUGCCGAAAUCAAUAAAUCUCUAUUGGCUCUGAAAGAAUGUAUUCGUGCUUUGGGUAAACAAUCGGCUCACUUGCCAUUCCGUGUCUCGAAGUUAACGCAAGUUUUACGUGAUUCUUUUAUUGGCGAUAAGAGUAAAACCUGUAUGAUUGCUAUGAUUUCACCGGGUUUAAGUUCGUGUGAACACACACUCAAUACUCUACGUUAUGCGGAUCGUGUUAAAGAGCUGGUGGUCAAAGAUGUAUUACGUGAGGAUGAUGUGCUGCGUGAAGAAGAUACCGAACAGUUAAUGUAUGAAGAGGAUGAAGAGACUAAUAAUGUACAGCAUGUCCAGCAGAGGCCCAUUAAGCAUAAUAAUCAUACUAAUCAUAAUAAUAACAAUAAUAAUAAGAACAAUGGUCAGAUGUCGGCGAGUGAUUUGGCAUUGUUGCGUUCGUUGAGCGAACACGAUAUGUCCGAUGAAUUACUUGUCCAACAUGCUGCGAUUUCCGAUCUACAACAAACCGAAGAAAUGGUUGUUGAUCAACAUCGAGCCAUCAAUGAAUUCCUAACACAAUUUCUACCCGAAUCUAUGCGUCUAUAUAAUUUAACCAACUAUGUCGAUUAUGAUCAAGACUCCUACUGUAAAGAAGGUGAGGCCUAUUUCACACAACUGGCCGAGAUGGCUACCAUGUGUCGGGAUUUAAUGGCUGAUUUUCGGGCAAAAAUGGCUAAAGAAGAAAUGCUUUCAUGCACAGUUAAACCACCAGGCAAACGUUAAAAAAAAUGAAUAACUAAUUUAACAAAAAACGCCCUAUUUAAAACACUCAACACACUCCUCCUCCUUCUCCUCAAUAACACAUUUAUAAAGAAAGUAAAUACUCUUCUUCUUUAGUGCAGUUUAAGCACUGAAACUGAAAGGAAUAAACGAAAAUGCAUGUAUUAAAGAUAACUCUUUUUCUUUUUAAGUAUUAAUUUGUUUAAUUUAAAUAAUAGAAAGAGAGAGAAAACAAAAAAAAUAUAAACUAAAAUUGUUAAACAGAUUAGAGCAAAAACAACCCAGCAGUGCCGUUUAAAAAUGCACUUAAAACUUUAAAUUAAAACUAAAAAUAAUAAAAAAAAAAACAAUUUUAAAUUUUAAAAAA